AUGAAAAAAGCUGUCUGCAAGGCCUCAGGAAAUUUGAAGGGUGUUUCUCCCUUCAGUAAGGAGCAUGAGGCUGUGGCUAUGGUUAGCAUGUUGAAAGAGAUGGAAGCAGUUACUCAGACUGUGUUUGACUCCAUAUUUUAUUUUAUCUCGGGUCCAAAGACACAAUCAAAGCCAAGUGGGUUGCAACUAGUCUCAAACUUGAUGCGCCAUAAAAGAGUAGCAUGUAAAGAAGAAGAAGAAGAAGAAGAAACAGAUGCAAAUGAAUUUGCAAUGGUGUAUGCAGCAUUGCACUCAACUGUUGGUCACAAGACAAAAGAAUCUGAUAACAUUAUUCAGAAUGCACAAACCCAACUGCAAAAUUUAGAGUUGUGCAUACAAGAUCUAGAAGAGUCACUUGAACACCUUUCAAGGCGUUUGAUCAAAACCAGAGUUUCCCUGCUCAACAUCCUCAACCACUAG